AGAUAAGCUUAUAGUAUUUCCUUGAACGAAAAGAAGUGUGGACUUGUUUGUUGUUAUUGUUUAUUUCAAGAUCAGUGCUCGAGCUAAUUUCAGUCAAGGCGUUUGCCCUAAGGCCUGUUGUAGAUUUCAAAUAUUUUAAUUUAUUCAGCUUCACAACAUAACUACGGUGACGAUGCGCGCCCCAUGUCUGCGCUGGAGCCAGUGGGCCGGCCGGCGGCUGGCGCUCUCGCUCACUCCGUCGCCAGCCUCCGCCUGUGUCGGUCGUGCUCCGUCCCGCUCGCUCGCCACAUCAACGCCGCUCGCCAUGAUCAAGGUCGGAGACAAGCUGCCUGAGGCCACCCUCUUCGAGGACUCGCCGGCCAACAGCGUGAAGACCAGUGACCUCUGCAAGGGCAAGCGGGUCAUCCUGAUCGGCGUGCCGGGCGCCUUCACACCGGCAUGCUCCCAGACUCACCUGCCUGACUAUCUAGCGGUGCUGCUGGGCGGCUUGGCGGUGCACGUGUGCCGUGUGAGUGACGUGUGGCUGUAA